UUUUUUAAAGAAAAAGAAGAAAAUGGUGUAAAUUUCAAAUAAGUUUGAUACAUAUUUUGAGAAAUGAGUAGUUCGGAAAACUCUGAAAAGCGGCCUCAAUUUGGAAAUCGGUUUUUAACAGAAGAACACAAUGUUUUCGAACAUAAUGCAUGGUAUAAAGACAAUUUUUAUUUCAUACAAAACGAUAUCGCUUCACUCUAGGUUAUGCUCAACACGUUAUAGGAAAAAACCGAAAUUCGGAUCUCGAUAUUUAACAGAAAAUUCCGACGUGUUUAGUCAUAACGCCUGGGACGACGUAGAAUGGGAUGAUAUCCAAGAGAAGCAAGCCCAGAAGAAAGUGCUAGAUAACAGCGCUGUGAAACUAACGAAAGAGGAAGUGGACAAAUACGAAAAUGAAGCCAACCGAUUUUGGAACGAAUUCUACGAUAUACACACAAACAGAUUCUUCAAAGACCGCCAUUGGCUUUUCACGGAAUUCCCCGAAUUAGCCGAGGAGUCCGGUUCGUCCGGCGCGAAAACGGUGUUUGAAAUCGGCUGCGGGGUAGGAAAUACAGUGUUCCCGAUAUUGCAAUACUCUGUAAACAAAAACCUCAAAGUGUACGGAUCGGAUUUCUCCUCUAAAGCCAUAGAGAUUUUGAAAAGUUCACCUGAAUACGAUCAAAGUAGGUGCGAAGCCUUCGAGUUGGAUGCUACGGAUGAGAUUUGGAACGUACCUUUCUCGGAGAAUAGCAUAGAUGUCGUGGUUUUGGUGUUCGUACUAUCGGCUAUUAAUCCCGAGAGGUAUGCGAGAGUGAUUGGAAAUAUAUACAAGUAUUUGAAACCGGGCGGGUUGGUGUUGUUUCGAGAUUAUGGGCGGUACGAUUUGGCGCAAUUGAGAUUCAAACCAGGUAAAAGUUUAGGAGAUAAUUUCUACGUCAGAGGCGAUGGGACCAGAGUGUACUUUUUCACUCAAGAUGAAAUUAAAGCUUUAUUCGAACAUCAGGGGUUCGGAGAAGUCGAGAAUAAAGUGGAUAGGAGACUGCAGGUGAACAGAGGUAAGUUACUAAAAAUGUACAGAGUAUGGAUACAGGCUAAAUAUCAAAAACCGUUAGGUACGAGCUGAUUUUUGGUUUGUAAAUUUAUUCUUAAGAUAAAAACCUACAAAUAAAAGCCUCUUGUACAAUAAUAAGGCGAUCGCUAAUAAAUUAAUUACUAAAAUAAUUUUAUCACAUUAUUUCUUACAUCUACUUAAGUAAAGCCACAUUCACAUUUCUAAAAAAAUUGCAGUAAAGUCGCAUUCGUAAAACAAACUUCUGUUUUUUUACAAAUGUGAAGUCCCAAAUUAGUUUUAAAAUAAUUUUUUUACAAAAUAUAUAUAUUAUUUCGAGUUUUCAUUAAUACGUUAUAACGAUACUGAUUUACCUCGUGACAAUUGCAGCAGAUAAAAAGUACAAGCACAAUUCGAUAAUUGACUAGAAUAUUUUUUUAAAUACGUUUGAAUGAGAGAACCGUUGGCACUUUUACUACGAUAUGUCCUAAGAAAUUAUCAUCUACGACCGCAAAAUUAAAAUUGUCGAGUCGCUACGGUGUAGCUAACAAAGUCGAAAGAAUAUAAAAUAUUUUUUUGUCUGGGUCUGUUUCAACAUUUUCCUUUUUUUUUUUCGAAUAUUUACAAACGGUGCGUCGACAUGACAAACGUCAUCUUACAAGUGCACAAUUGUUUUAAUAAAUUCAUUCCUAAAAAAUCACUUUAAAUCCUACCUAAAAAUCAGUACUAAUUAAUUACGUAACUAUUAGUGCCGGUGUUGUGCCGUUUUAAUUCGCCUAAAUAAUUUUAUCUUGCGUGUGCUGCAAACUAGAACAAUAGUGCAACAU